AUGGAGUUUGUGAAGAAGUGGAAGAGAGUACUGGGAAGAAGCAAGAGAUUGUAUCCGGAGAACAGCUUAAGUGGAAGCUAUGGCAGAUUGAGAAAUGAAAGGCAACAUAGGAAGAAGGCUUGUGUGGCUCCACAAGGUUGUCUUUGUGUCUACGUUGGACCCGAGAGAGAGAGAUUCGUUAUCAAGAUCGAGAUAGCGAACCACCCUUUGUUCAAAGAGCUUCUGGAUGGUGCUGAGAGAGAAUAUGGGUAUAGAAACGAUGGUCCCUUGUGUCUCCCUUCCAUGUUAAUUGUUCGUGGAAAGCGCCACUGA